GUGUGUUGCCCUGAGAGGAAAAAACAUAGUUGCUUCGGAUACAACUCAUUGAGGGAGCUUGCUCUACAGCGUUCAGUUCGCAAAGUCGCCGUCAAGAACUUUGAAGUGAUAAACAUGUACAAAAAGCUUUUGGUUUGCCUACUUAUCUCUGCCCUACUGCUCCUCGACCAAGUCAAAAGCUCCAAUGCAGUCCCUUGGGGAAGAAGAGAUUUCGCAGAAUGGAAUCUUUUAAAGGUGAUGACUUUCUUUAGAGCAAAGUUGGAUAAUUUAAAAAAAUUGCAUUUUUCUUGAAAACACACCUUUUUGAAAUUUUCACCCCCUUUGUCAAAAUUUCCUAAUUUCUUGCGCUUCAGAAUUCUCAUUUAGUGAUUAUUAUGAGAUCUUUCUUCAGUAAGGCGUCUUGGGCGUACGUGUUCAGUUCGCUGUCGAAAGUUUGGUUGUGUACAUUUCUAUAUUGCGUUUGACCGUUGAAUAGCUGAAAUAAAUGAAAUCCUACAACAAAAAUUCUUUUUAUUUAUCCUCGGUGAUAUUUACAGCAAAUGCUGUAUUUAUAGCGCAAAGGCUAGUUAAGUCGAGGAAGCAACUGAAACAAAUGAUACAAAUCAACAUACUAGGUUUAAGAAUCCCGACUGGCUGGAGUCCUUAAACCAGUUGACUAUUUAGAAAUCCAGCGAGCAGUAAUAAACUCGUAUUACAAGUCCAGCUGAGCGCUCUAACCACUCGGUCACCCUUCCUCUGGUAAAAGUCUGCAGUAAAAAUAUUUGAAUUAAAGCUUGAUAAACAGUAAAAAUUUUCACGGUGUCUAUUGAACGAGCGGUUUCUUGACUUCUGAAGCUCUAAACAAUCUUCCAAGGGAUGCACAUAUCGAGAUUAAAUUGUUGUUAUGUGAAGUACUUUGCUUCCUUGUUGUUUCUUGUAAAACGGAGAAUUGUCUCAAUGUAGCCAUUCACUCUACAAGCAGCUGUGAUGCAUUCUCCCUGAUACACUAUUAGCCUUAUGUCAUGUAAAUUUGGUCUUUUGGUGCGACUUGAGGACUUGCAUGAUUAAAAUUCAGGCUGGUGAAAGCACUGCUCUGCUGAGACGAUGGCAUGCCGUCAAGGUAAUACUGAUUAUUUUCCCUUUCUAUUCCUUACAGAGAGGAACAACCGGAGGUAAUGAAGAGCAUAUAUUUUCACAGCAUGUUGGUCGGGAAGCUUUCCUCGGAGGCAAAGUAAAUAAAACUUAAUCAAAGUGAUGGCAUGCAAUUUAAGGAACGUUACAAUAGUUAGCUUUAAAUUCCCUUGCAGAGAGAGCCUGGCGGAGGUGGCACAGAAACAUAUACACCACCUCAGCUUUUUGGGAGAGAAGUGAUUCAAGGAAAAGUAAGUUGUGCAAUGAGAAAGCAUUCACUUAGGUGAAACUUAUGUUUAAGGCAUGCUGAGAUUGUAGACUUUCGCUUACAGACUCUUAGUGUGAGGUUCGAGGUGCACUUUACGUUAAAGUGUAGUCACUUGAGCUUUCUUCAUGCUUUCGACACUUAAACACCGCAAGAGGUCGCUAAGUACAAAUGUAGGUACUCCCCCCACCCGGGGGGUUGAAAACUCCAAAGGCCUUUUUAAUGAGGUAUAACCUGUUGUGGCCUAAACUCAAGUCGAAAGGAUCGGUAUUAAACUAUUACAUUCAAGGUUUCAAACAGUUUGUUAAGGCUCUCUUAAGAGAGGAGAGGGGAGGCGGGGCGUAUGAGUCUCUAGUCUGGCUCUUCGUGCAUUGCGAAGACGGGUCCAUGUCCAUAUCUAUAGUUUACUAUUGUAUUUUCCCUAAUAUUUGUCCGCGGCUUUCGCCAUUUUAUCUAAUCUCUUUGUCGUUUACAUUUGUCGCCAUUUUAUCUCGCUUGACGAGGGCCUCCUUGCUAUCAACCUUGUGAUUUUAAUUGCUGUUAUUUGCUCUAGCUCUCGGAAAUCUGGGCAACAAAAUAGUACACUAAGCACGGAUACUCAACGAGAAUAUACUUCAAAACCCGACUUAAACAUAGCAUUGUUGACCGUAUUUUAGUAUUAAAACGGUAGAUACAGGCAUAUUUUUUGCCCCUUUUUUUCAUCUGUUCGGAUUUCCUAGCUGAAAGUCUAGGGCUCCGAAAAUUAUAGGGAUCAAAACUUACCUUUUCGCAAAUUUCAGCAAGAAAUAAGGCUCCCGAAAAAUCUAAUUGACCUUUUCAGGGUAAAAAUCCGUUAAAACCGGGCAAUUAUACCAUUUUUUAGAUGUUCGAAAAUCCUAGGAGAGGCAGGCAAGCAGGAAAUUUUACAAGAAAUGUUCUGAAAAUUCUAGAUCCCAAAUCGUCUUCCGAAAAGAUAUUUUUCAAAAAUUGACGUUGGGUGCCCCUGACUAAGGGCACCUUGCCUGUUCGAAGGAGCCAAUAGUGCCUAAAAAUUUCUGAAACGCGAUAAAGGCUUUUAAAAAUUUGUAGAUAACCGUUCCAUUCGUCUAAACUAUUCGGGUUCUUCUAUGAACUUACUUUGAUUUUCGAAGGUUGUGUUUUCACUUUUUAUUACCAAGGAAUUUCGAUAUUAUUCUCACUUAAAGGAAAAUGUCUCGUAAACAUUUCGGUAUUGUCGCAAAACGUGCCUGGAAUCUUCUAAUGAGAGAAAAGCUAAUCAAUGUCCUCGGAAUUUUUGACCUGACCCAUUAGGGAUAGACUUUCAGAAAAGUCCUUAGUCCGAUUUAAUAUGACCUCUCGCGACUUCGACUUCCUCGCUCGGUUGGCCACUACGCGGCCUAAAAAAGCUCCCUCCGCUCACUAAGAGACUCGUGAGGUCGACUUGUAGUAAGUCUAGGUUAGCUAGUAGUUUCCAGGUAAGGUAAAAAAGCCACCUAAAACUUUCGAGACGACAAAAGUUAUCCUGAGACAUCCGCACAAUAAAUACUUUUUAAGGGAACUCCAAAUUAGAAAACCAUUUGAGACUCUUUUGUCAUAUUUGGCCAUUAUCGGGGUGUGUUCUGUAUUGAAUUGUAAUACCUGUCGCAACAGUUGUCGAGAAUUGUAAUAACCAAGCUAUCGUAAUUUUUAAUAACACGUCAUAAUUUGUAAUAAGCCUAGCUGUCAACAUUGUCGUAUUUUGAAACACUUCUUAACGUCAAAGGCUAUUCUACUGGAAUCUUCUUGCCAAUCAAAAACAUUAAAACUAUUAUGUUGCCAGCAUGAUGGCAACAACUAAAUCAUCUCAGCGACCACCUGAUAAACGUAUUCGAAACAGUCAACCAACCAACUUACUGCGAGCAACUGCUUGUUACUUCCACUACAUAUUGAUCAUAAGGGCCAUUAGAAAUAUUGUACGAGUGGGGCUUAGUGGAACAGUGCGAACCGCGUAAAUAGCACACGCACAUUAUUGGCUUCAGGGAGACUAAUUUGAAAUGUUUGUCUGACUUUUACCAUUUUUUUUAUUUUGAUGAGAAAAAGUCGCGACAAACACGAAAUCAACUAGCCCGAAAGAGUACGUAAUGAAGUAUUUCUUCAACACAUUUAUUAUAUCACUGAUGACGUCAUUUUACAAAGAAACAUCUGAAUUAUCAGUAGUCUACACGAAAAAGUCCCUAUGCUCUGGUGCUUUGCAAUCCCCGCGCUUACUAAAUCAAAACAAGACUACAGAAUAAGGCGCCACUGUGAUAUGUUGCCCAGUGCUCCUGCUCUGCAGGGACGAUGGCAUGCCGUGAAGGUAGAACUGAACAUUUUCCCUUUCUAUUCCUUACAGAGAGAAACAACCGGAGGUAAUGAGGAGUAUAAAGAUUUACAGCACCAUGGUCGGGAAGCUUUCGUCGGAGACAAAGUAAAUAAAACUGAAUCAAAGUGA